GUCUAUCUCUAUCCUGGGUACUAAAAAAAUGAAUUCUGAAAAGAAAUACGUUAAAAGAAAUGAAAGGAAAGACGAUAUUAUUAGACUGAAGCCCCCCUUCCCCUCAUGAUGUCUUGAUUUAUGUGAGACAGACUCUGAUGCACCAGUUCGAAUCCGCGGAGCUUCUUCUUUUUUCCCUCUUUUUUUUUUUGGUUUAUGUUAUAUUUUACUAUACAUUGUUUAGACGACAGUGUGCUAGUCUUGGAUUGUACUCAUGGCUGACGACGACUCCAAUGAUGUGGGGAUUCUACAUCCGCAAGUGCUUCUUCUUUCAGCAGGAGUUUCUGGGUCUGUCAUUCUUGGCUAUAGGUUUUAUGGACGCUAUGUCAAGCGAGUUCGAACGUAUCUUGAUCUCACACCUGGCACAUUAGCAAGUCAACGAUCUCUUUACGGCAAGGUCACAAGAGUGGGAGAUGGUGAUAACUUCCGUUUCUACCACACUCCAGGUGGGGUCAUGCUUGGUUGGGGAUGGCUACGUUCUGUUCCAACUACGAGAUCAGAAUUAAAAGAUGAAACUUUGAUGAUCCGGUUAUGUGGUGUAGAUGCACCAGAGAGAGCUCAUUGGGGUAAACCAGCACAACCUUUUUCUGAAGAGGCCUUAAACUGGCUUCAAAGUUACGUCAUGGAUAAAAACGUUCGAAUCACGCCGUACCUGAUAGAUCAAUACAAACGUAUUGUAGCACGAGCUCAAGUUUGGAAAUGGAAUGGUAAACGCGAUGUGAGUGCUGAAAUGAUCAGAAAUGGGAUCGGGGUAGUCUACGAGGCCAAGACUGGUGCUGAGUUUGGACAAAAUGAGGAUUGGUACCGUUCUUUAGAAAAAAGUGCCAAGAAGUCUCAACGAGGAGUAUGGGGAUUGCAUAGCUUGGUUACUCCGGGUGAGUAUAAGAAAGCAAAUUAUAAAUAGGAUUAGAAUAAAACAUUAUUAAUACUUCUAAAUUGGUCCCCGUGGGGACAAGUUAUCGGUUUUCUUUAUGUUACAUGUAAUUCAUUCCAUUUCAUCUAUUGUU